AAGGAAACAGUCGAUCUGUCAAGGAAAUCAACACUUUCUGAAAUAGGAAAUAACAGAACGCUAGCUAGCCACAAUUAAAAUGAAGACAUAUCAGAGAAGACAUUAUAGCUAACUAUCUGAAACGUGCACAAAAUUAUAACAUGGUUCGCUGUCUGAAGAACUAGCUGACUGGAUUACUCAUUUACCCCAUUUGUAAAAUGGAACGUAUUCGAGUUUAUCUGGAGAGCCUGAAGCAAGGACUGCAAAUUGAUGUCCUGAGGGAAGUUGGACGUCAAUAUCCUGUAUUUUGCUUUCUUCUGGUUUUCAUGCUAUCAUUAACUAUACUUCUUAAUAGGUAUCUUCACAUUCUGAUGGUGUUUUGGUCCUUCCUGGCUGGAGUGAUUACGUUCUAUUGCUCCCUCGGUCCAGAAUCACUCCUGCCCAACAUCCUGUACACGAUAAAGCCGAAGAACAAAUGGGAUAUCCAAAAGGAAGUGACAAGUGUUGUAGCUGCAGGGUCUCCCUAUCUAUUCUUCCAGCAGCAAGCGCAACAGGAGCUGUUUCCAUUGGGACAUAGCUGUGCAGUGUGUGGGAAAGUAAAGUGCAAACGUCACAGACCAACAUUACUCCUAGAAAACUAUCAGCCAUGGUUGGACUUGAAAGUCUACUCCAAAGUGGAUGCUUCCAUUUCUGAGGUGCUCGAGUUGGUUCUGGAGAAUUUUGUAUAUCCCUGGUACCGGAACAUCACAGAUGAUGAGGCAUGCGUAGAUGAACUGAGAAUGACCUUUCGGUUCUUUGCAUCUGUGUUAGUUCGACGCGCUCAGAAGGUUGAUGUCCCCUCAGUUAUUUCUGGCAAAAUGAUGAAAGCAGCCAUGAAGCAUGUUGAAAUCAUUGCAAAGGCCAAGCAAAAAGUGAAGAACACUGAGGGUUUGCAGCAGGCUGCUCUGGAUGAGUAUGGCCCUGACUUACAUUUUGCUCUGCGUAGUCGCAGAGAUGAGCUGCUUUAUCUCAGGAAGGUGACAGAGAUGCUCUUUGCCUAUCUCAUGCCUCCCAAAGCCACUGACUGCAGAUCUCUAGCUCUGCUGAUGCAAGAGAUCCUGGUAGGCUCUGUGUUCCUCCCAACCAUGGACUUCAUGGCUGAUCCUGAUACUGUAAACCACAUGGUGCUAAUAUUUGUUGAUGACUCUCCAUCUGAGCUGGCCAUGGAGCCACCGUCUACCCUGGUUCCAUUCCUGCAGAAAUAUGCUGACCCUCGUACCAAGAAGACAUCUGUGCUGAAGCUGGAGCUGAAGGAGAUCCGGGAGCAGCAGGACCUUCUGUUCCGCUUCAUGAAGUUCCUAAAGCAGGAGGGGGCCGUGCACGUGCUCCAGUUCUUACUCACUGUGGAGGAGUUCAAUGAUAAGAUCCUGUGUCCGGAGCUGAGUGACUCUGAGCUGCUGCGUCUGCAUGGUGAGGUGCAGAACCUCUACGAGACCUACUGCCUAGAGGAGAGUAUCGACAAGAUCAGUUUUGACCCUUUCAUCGUCGAGGAAAUACGAAACAUUGCAGAGGGGCCGUACGAGGGAGUGGUGAAGCUGCAGACUAUGCGCUGCCUGUUUGAGGCCUACGAGCAUGUCCUGUCCCUGCUGGAGAGCGUCUUCACCCCCAUGUUCUGCCACAGCGAUGAGUAUUUCACACACCUGCUGAAGGGGGCAGAGUCUCCAAAAAGGGACUCCAGAAUGAACAGGAAUAGUCUGAGUGUGGAUGAUAUGAGGAUCGUCUCAAAACGAGGGGAGACGUUCGGGAUCAGCCGGAUCGGCAGCAAAAUCAAAGGUGUCUUCAAGAGCACCACCAUGGAGGGGGCGAUGCUGCCGUACGCCAUGGUCGACGCUGAAGAUGAAGUGGUUGAGGAAGCUGCUAUGGUGGUGGAGGAUGACAUCCCUGUGGAGGCAGCUAGUACUCCAGGAGUCCUGAGGAACCUGUCAGCCUGGAGCAUCACCAUCCCCUACAUUGACUUCUACGAUGACGAGGUGAAGAAGGAGAGGGUCCCCGUGUUCUGCAUCGACGUGGAACGCAACGACAUGAAGGAAGUGGGACAUGAAACGGAGGACUGGUCCAUCUUCAGAAGAUACAUGGAAUUCUACGUUCUAGAAAAUAAACUCACUGAGUUCCAUGGCUCAUUUGCAGAUGCACAGCUCCCUUCCAAAAGAAUUAUUGGACCAAAGAACUAUGAGUUCCUAUCAUCAAAGAGGGAAGAAUUUGAGGAGUAUUUGCAGAGACUGCUGCAGCACCCAGAGCUGAGUAACAGUCAGUUGUUAGCAGAUUUCCUGUCACCUCACAGCAUGGAGACUCAGUUCAUGGACAAGAUGAUGCCUGAUGUCAAUCUGGGUAAAAUAUUCAGGUCUGUCCCUGGAAAAAUUAUAAAAGAGAAAGGACAGAACCUAGAGCCUUUCAUCCAGUCCUUCUUCAACUCUUGUGAAUCUCCCAAAGUCAAACCCAGCAGGCCUGAGCUGACCAUCCUCAGCUCUACUGCUGAGGCCAACAAGAAGCUCUCCAAUGACCUGUACAAAAACAAUGCUAAUCUGUCUAAGACACUGGAGACUCAUAACCGGAACUACUUUAUGGAGAUGAUUGCAGUAGAAGGGAUGUAUGACUACAUGAUGUUUAUGGGUCGAGUCAUGUUCCACAUGCCAGACUGGUUGCAUCACAUUCUUUCAGGGGGGCGGAUCUUGCUUAAGAACACGUUGGAGGCCUACAUGGAUAACUACAUUCAACACAAACUAGAGAUGAUCCUGCAGGAGCACCGUGUGGUGUCUCUCGUCACCAUGCUCAGAGAUGCUGUGUUCUGCGAGAACAGUGAGGAACGCACCACAGGAGACGAGCAGAGAAGAGCCAAGAAGGCAUUUGAAGAGAUGAUGAAUUAUCUGCCAGACUUUGUGGAAAAGUGCAUCGGACAGGAGGCCAAGUACGAGGGCAUCCGACUUCUCUUUGACGGCUUCCAGCAGCCACUUCUCAACAAGCAGAUGACUUACGUUCUGAUGGAUAUUGCUGUCGAAGAACUCUUUCCAGAACUCAGCAAGCAGGGACAGGGGGAGCCGUCAGCAGACAGUAACCAGUGAAUUUAGAUAACAGCUUGCUUCCCAUCCCUGGAGCCAAAGUGCAAUAUACUUAGCAAAUUCUAAUGUCUCUGGGAGCAUAUAUCAACAUUCCACUGUAUAAUAAUGCAUUAAUAAAAAUAUAUUUAUUGAUUUUA